AUGCUGAUCCCUGCUGUAGUCGCCGUCUGGAGGUUCUGGCAAGGCACGGGCAUGCAAGGCAUGAAAUUACGUCGCUUUUCUUGUGACGUCUGGGGAAAUGCUGUGAAGUGCAGGCUCCGCGAAAGGCAUCUCAACGGGCAUCUCAAGCCAGCCUGUGAGAUAGGCAAAGGCAGGCUACAACGACGAAUCCGUCUGCAUCAACUCCGCUGUUGCACCUCCUCCUUGCACUCAACCACCACGACUUUUCCCACAGGGCCGGUACAGGAAGAGCGGCCCAUCUUCCUACAUGCAUGCCGGCCGCCAGUCAUGACAUCGCUCGAGUUUGGUCUCUCUCGAACGUCAGCUGUGUCCCUCACGUACAAGCUCUCGUACCGUCAUGACUGGCGUACAGCAGCCCAUGCCGCCCAUCCCGCUAUGGAAGGCUCUGAGCCCGCGAUGCUGCCUCGAGUCACAAGACUCCCUGCUGUGGCUUUGUUGCUCGGCCUGCUCGUGCCAUCCGUUUUGUAA